AUGAGUAGCAGUUGUGAUCACAAGUUGAUUUCGGAAAGGAUCAAAUGCGUCGGUACCAAUCUCGCUUCUGUAUUUCUAGAUGCAAAUGUUUUGGCGAUUGGUAUCAACUAUCAAAUUCACACAUACACACACCAAACGACCGCCAAAAACCACCACUCUCGCUUCUGCUCUCCCUCCAUCCACAAGGCGCUGCGCAAUAUCACCAUUAACAAGGCAUUGUCCAGAUUGACAUCGACACUGUAUGCUGUAUAUGGAGAUGAUUUUUUCGAAUGCUCACUUUGGUAUCUCAAUGCUAUUGUUUCCAAUCUGCCGUUCAUGCGAGAGCUUGUAUUUAUUUGUCAAUCUCUGCUAUUGACUUGA